AUGCCCUUUGGGCUGACGAACGGCCCAGCAAUCUUUCAAUGCUUUAUCAACGACUGCCUGAGGGAUAUCCUGGACAUCUACUGCAGUUCGUACGCCGACGACAUCCUGAUCUAUUCAGAGUCGGCCGAGGAAAACGUGCGCCAGACCGAGGAAGUGGAUUACCUCGGGCUGGUGAUUAAGGCGGGGGAAGGUAUCGCCCUUGACCCUAAGAAGAAACAGGCCAUCCUUGAGUGGAGGCUGUCGGACCUAAAAUCUACGAAAGCCAUCCGAUCUUUCCUCGGAUUGGUUAACUUUGUCCGACGCUUCUCGAAAGAAGUAAGCGAGCUGGCGCACCCGCUCAACGAGCUCCUAAAAAAAGGGGCAAUCUUCAAGAUCGGCAAGCAAGAGGAAGCGGCUUUUGAAGCACUCAAGGAAGCCCUGGUCCGAGCUCCCGGAAUGGGCUUCUGGAAGAUAGGCGCCCUGACUCGGAUAGAGACUGAUGCGUCAAAGCAUUCGGUAGGCGCCACCGCUUUACAACAACAGAACGACAACUCAUGGAAGCCGGUGGCCUACUUCUCCAAGACCUUGUCGUCAACAGAGACGAAGAGUGGAGGCCAGAGCUGGUUGGGGCCCUUUGAAGUAGUAACGGACCAUGAAGCUCUCAAGUACUUUGCGACAAAGCGGGUUUUAUCAUCUCGACAAGCCCGUUGGGCACAGAUUCUGUCGGAAUUUGACUACAAGAUGACAUACCGACCCGGGAAGGAGAACAUAAUUGCAGAUGCCCUGUCCCGGAAAAGCGAGAACUUCGAGACCGUCAGAGCCAGAGACCUGGAUUCCCGCACCAUGGAACUGGUCCCGAACGAUCGGGUACCCGCAGAAGUUCUCGAGGAGACACAUGUCGAAGCUGCUCCCCUAGACAUCGCGGCAAAUUCUGAGGACCGCGGCCCAGCAGUACCUGGGGAGGCACCAGCCGGAGUGUUCCUUGUGGAGCUGAUUGUCCGGGAAAAUGAGAAACAGAUUCCCAAGGAGGACCGGCGGAAGGGAGAUCGUAUCUGGGUGCCGGAGUACUCGUCAGAAGGGCUCGCACUGCGAACUGCCUUAAUCCGGGAAGUCCACGAACCCAAAUCAAGGGUCAACGAGAUGACGGGAACAGAGCACAAAUUCGGCAGUGCCUACCAUGCGCAGACUCAAGGAGGCGUGGAGAUUACCAACCAGUAUCUUGACCAACGCUUGACGUUUUACGUGUCGUAUUUUCAAGACGAUUGGAGCAUGACUCCGAUCGAGGCCUCCCAAGGGCGAGCACCCCACGCGGCUUUCGUUCAUAUAGCGACCGACAAGCAGGUCGGGGAUUGGACCGACGCCCAAAAGGCAGCCAAGGACUUUGUGAAUCGAGCCAAGAAAAGAAGAGUGCCCGAUUUUGAUGUCGGUGACUGGGUAAUCGUGGCAAAAAGGGGUCACUCAUUCGAGCUGGACCUACCCAAAGGCAUGAGGGUGGCAAAGGUGCUGCAUGCCGACCGGUUGAGAAGGGCUGCGCGAGACCCGCUGCCGGGACAGCAGGUGGAAGCUCCGCCGGCCGAGAUGAUUAACGGCGAGCCAGAGUACGAGGUGGCGAAAAUAUUGUCGUCAAGGAUCUCAAGGGGGAAAUUACAGUACCGAGCCGAGUGGGCAGGACAGGACCCUGACGAGCUAUACUACGACGCUGAAGGGUUCAAGAAUGGUGCCGCAGCUCUCAGGCGGUUCCACGACGAAUAUCCCGAGGCACCUGGACCGCCUGUACGAUUGGCAGAAUGGCUGCUAGCCGCUGCGGAAGACAGGUGGGCAGAGAGUCACAACGAUGACAACAAGGCUGUCGGCCGUGGGCAUGAGCGACGGCGACUGCGACGACACUCGUGA